AUGAUUGCCGCCGCUUUCCUCGUCUUGCUGAGACCCUACAGCAUCCAAUGUGCCCUUUUCCUCUUGUUGCUUCUGCUGGGCACCAUCGCCACCAUCAUCUUCUUCUGCUGCUGGCACCGCAGGCUCCAGAAGGGGAGGCAUCCGAUGAAAUCGGUCUUUUCGGGUCGUUCAAGGAGCCGAGAUGCUGUUUUGAGAUCACACCACUUUCGUUCCGAGGGAUUCCGAGCCAGCCCUCGGCACCUUAGGAGACGGGCCGCAGUGGCUGCAGCUGCCCGGCUGGAAGAAGCCAAGCCUGCCGUGGAGGUUCACCACCAGAGCGAGCAGGAGAUCUCAGUGAGGAAACGAAGAAUCAAGAAAAGCAGCCGCGUCCAGCCAGAAUUCUACCACUCCGUCCAAGGUGCUUCCACCAGAAGACCUAGUUCGGGGAACGCGUCCUACCGCUGCUCGAUGUCUUCCUCUGCGGAUUUUUCUGAUGAAGAUGAUUUCAGCCAGAAAUCUGGCUCUGCAUCUCCAGCUCCUGGAGAUACCUUACCCUGGAAUUUGCCUAAACAUGAGAGAUCGAAAAGAAAGAUCCACGGGGGCUCGGUGCUGGACCCUGCGGAGAGGGCAGUGCUUAGGAUAGCAGAUGAACGGGACAAAGUUCAGAAGAAAACAUUCACAAAGUGGAUAAAUCAGCAUCUCAUGAAGGUUCGAAAACACGUGAAUGAUCUCUAUGAAGACUUGAGGGACGGACACAAUUUGAUCUCUCUUUUAGAGGUUCUUUCAGGAGACACCUUGCCCAGAGAGAAAGGUCGGAUGCGUUUUCACAGACUACAGAAUGUACAAAUUGCACUUGACUAUUUGAAAAGACGCCAGGUGAAAUUAGUGAACAUUAGAAAUGAUGACAUAACAGAUGGAAAUCCCAAAUUGACUUUGGGGUUAAUAUGGACAAUAAUUUUGCACUUUCAGAUAUCUGAUAUCCAUGUUACUGGUGAGUCAGAAGACAUGUCUGCAAAAGAGAGAUUGCUACUGUGGACACAGCAGGCCACAGAGGGUUAUGUGGGGAUUCAGUGUGAAAAUUUCACCACCUGCUGGAGAGAUGGAAAACUAUUUAAUGCCAUCAUUCAUAAAUACAGGCCGGACCUGAUAGACAUGAAUACUGUUGCUGUUCAAAGCAACCUUGCAAAUUUAGAGCACGCUUUCUAUGUAGCAGAAAAAAUCGGUGUUAUAAGACUUCUGGAUCCUGAAGAUGUUGAUGUCUCCUCACCUGAUGAAAAAUCAGUAAUAACUUAUGUAUCAUCUCUCUAUGACGCAUUUCCCAAAGUCCCUGAAGGUGGUGAAGGCAUUGGUGCAAACGAUGUUGAAGUCAAAUGGAUUGAAUACCAGAAUAUGGUCAACUACCUCGUCCAGUGGAUCAGACAUCAUGUGACCACUAUGUCCGAGAGAACAUUUCCUAAUAAUCCUGUAGAACUCAAGGCACUUUAUAAUCAGUAUUUACAGUUUAAAGAAGCAGAAAUUCCACCAAAGGAGACAGAAAAAUCAAAAAUUAAACGCCUGUAUAAAUUAUUAGAGAUUUGGAUAGAAUUUGGACGCAUCAAACUCCUUCAAGGUUAUCAUCCCAAUGACAUAGAAAAGGAGUGGGGAAAGCUCAUCAUUGCCAUGCUCGAGAGGGAGAAGGCUCUUCGUCCCGAAGUGGAAAGACUGGACAUGUUGCAGCAGAUUGCCAGCCGAGUUCAGAGGGGCAGUGUCAUUUGUGAAGACAAACUGAUGCUUGCUCGAAACGCUCUCCAGUCUGAUUCUAAAAGAUUAGAAUCCGGGGUGCAGUUUCAGAAUGAAGCAGAAAUUGCCGGGUAUGUCCUUGAAUGUGAGAACCUGUUACGCCAGCAUGUAAUUGAUGUACAGAUUCUUAUUGAUGGAAAAUACUACCAGGCAGACCAGUUGGUACAGAGGGUUGCAAAACUGCGUGAUGACAUCCUGGCCUUAAGGAAUGAAUGUUCCUCAGUGUACAGCAAAGGCCGCGUGCUGACAGCGGAGCAGACGAAGCUCAUGAUAUCAGGAAUCAGUCAGAGUUUAAACUCAGGGUUUACACAGACCUUAAAUGCCAGUCUGAACUCAGGGCUGACCCAGGGUCUAACGCCUUCCCUGACCCCGUCCAGCGUGACCUCAGGCCUGUCAUCAGGGCUGACUUCCCGCCUGACGCCAUCUGUCACUCCUGCAUAUACACCUGGCUUCCCAUCAGGAUUAGUUCCAAAUUUCAGCUCAGGAGUGGAGACAAAUUCCCUGCAAACUCUGAAGCUGAUGCAGAUCCGAAAGCCCCUUCUCAAGUCGUCUCUACUGGAUCAGAAUUUAACAGAAGAGGAAAUCAACAUGAAAUUUGUUCAGGAUCUUUUGAAUUGGGUUGAUGAGAUGCAGGUGCAGCUGGACCGCACUGAAUGGGGAUCAGAUUUGCCAAGUGUUGAAAGCCAUUUAGAAAAUCAUAAAAAUGUUCACCAAGCUAUUGAAGAAUUUGAAUCUAGCCUCAAAGAAGCUAAGAUCAGUGAGAUCCAGAUGACGGCACCUCUUAAACUAACUUAUGCAGAAAAGUUGCACAGAUUAGAAAAUCAGUAUGCAAAACUCUUGAACACAUCCAGGAAUCAGGAACGGCACCUUGAUACACUCCACAAUUUUGUAACUCGUGCAACUAAUGAGCUUAUUUGGUUGAAUGAAAAAGAAGAGGGGGAAGUUGCUUAUGACUGGAGUGAAAGAAACACCAACAUAGCCCGGAAAAAAGAUUACCACGCUGAAUUAAUGAGAGAACUUGAUCAAAAGGAAGAAAAUAUUAAAUCAGUUCAGGAGAUAGCAGAGCAGCUGCUUCUGGAAAAUCACCCAGCCCGAUUAACCAUUGAGGCCUACCGAGCGGCGAUGCAGACGCAGUGGAGCUGGAUCCUGCAGCUCUGCCAGUGCGUAGAGAAGCACAUAAAGGAUAACAGCGCUUAUUUUGAGUUUUUCAAUGAUGCCAAAGAAGCCACGGAUUACUUGAGGAAUCUAAAAGAUGCCAUUCAGCGGAAGUACAGCUGUGACAGGUCCAGCAGCAUUCACAAGCUGGAGGACCUCGUUCAGGAAUCAAUGGAAGAGAAAGAAGAGCUUUUGCAGUAUAAAAGCACAGUCGCAAGCCUGAUGGGGAGAGCAAAAACAAUCAUUCAGCUGAAGCCAAGAAAUCCUGACUGUCCACUCAAAACUUCUAUUCCGAUCAAAGCCAUCUGUGACUACAGACAAAUUGAGAUAACCAUUUUCAAAGAUGAUGAAUGUGUUUUGGCGAACAACUCUCAUCGUGCUAAGUGGAAGGUCAUCAGCCCCACUGGGAACGAAGCCAUGGUCCCGUCUGUGUGCUUCAGUGUCCCUCCUCCAAAUAAAGAGGCGGUCGACUUUGCAAACAGAAUCGAGCAGCAGUAUCAGAACGUCCUGACCCUUUGGCAUGAGUCUCACAUAAAUAUGAAGAGUGUGGUCUCCUGGCACUAUCUCAUCAAUGAAAUUGACAGAAUCCGAGCUAGCAAUGUGGCUUCAAUAAAGACAAUGUUACCUGGUGAACAUCAGCAAGUUCUGAGUAAUCUACAGUCUCGUUUUGAAGAUUUUCUCGAAGAUAGCCAGGAAUCCCAAAUAUUUUCAGGUUCAGAUAUAACACAACUGGAAAAGGAAGUUAAUGUGUGUAAGCAGUAUUAUCAAGAACUUCUUAAAUCUGCAGAAAGAGAGGAGCAAGAGGAAUCAGCUUAUAAUCUCUACAUCUCUGAAGUCCGAAACCUCAGGCUUCGGCUUGAGAGCUGUGAAGACCGUCUCAUCAGACAGAUCCGCACCCCCCUGGAGAGAGACGACCUUCACGAAAGCGUGUUCAGAAUCUCAGAGCAGGAGAAACUAAAGAAAGAGCUGGAGCGACUUAAAGGUGAUUUGGCCACAAUCACGAGUAAAUGCGACGACUUUUUCAGUCAAGCAGCCGCCUCUUCCACGGCUCCCACCUUGCGAUCCGAGCUCAGCGUGGUCGUCCAGAGCAUGAACCACGUCCAUUCCAUGUCCUCCACCUACAUAGAGAAGUUGAAAAUUGUCAACUUGGUGUUAAAAAACACUCAUGCUGCAGAAGCCCUUGUAAAAUUCUAUGAAACUAAACUGUGUGAAGAGGAAGCAGUUACAGCUGACAAGAAUAACAUUGAGAAUCUAAUGAGUACUUUAAAGCAAUGGAGAUCUGAAGUGGAUGAAAAAAGAGAAGUCUUCCAUGCACUGGAGGAUGAGCUACAGAGAGCAAAGGCCAUCAGUGAUGAGAUGUUUAAAACCUACAAGGAGCGUGACCUUGACUUUGACUGGCACAAAGAAAAAGCAGAUCAGUUGGUUGAGAGGUGGCAGAAUGUUCAUGCUCAGAUUGACAACAGGUUACGGGACUUGGAAGGCAUUGGGAAGUUGCUGAAAUACUACAAAGACACCUAUCACCCUUUAGAUGACUGGAUCCAGCAAGUUGAAACUACUCAGAGAAAGAUUCAGGAAAACCAGCCUGAAAACAGUAAAACCCUAGCCACACAAUUGAAUCAACAGAAGAUGCUGGUGUCUGAAAUAGAAAUGAAACAGAGCAAAAUGGAUGAGUGUCAGAAAUACGCAGAACAGUACUCCACUGCGGUGAAGGACUACGAAUUACAAACUAUGACCUACCGGGCUAUGGUGGAUUCACAACAAAAGUCUCCAGUGAAACGCCGGAGAAUGCAGAGCUCGGCAGACCUCAUCAUUCAAGAGUUCAUGGACCUGAGGACCCGGUAUACAGCUCUGGUCACCCUCAUGACACAAUAUAUUAAAUUUGCUGGGGACUCAUUGAAGCGUCUGGAGGAGGAGGAGAAGUCACUGGAAGAAGAAAAGAAAGAGCAUGUUGAAAAAGCCAGAGAAUUACAAAAAUGGGUAUCAAAUAUCAGCAAGACACUGAAAGACGGAGAGAAGGCUGAAAAGUCUUCCUUCUUUAAGCAAAAGAUUUCCAGUGAGGAAAUAUCAGUCAAGAAGGAACAAUUAUCUGAAGCACUGCAAACUAUGCAGCUCUUCCUGGCUAAACAUGGAGACAAAAUGACAGACGAAGAAAGAAAUGAAUUGGAAAAACAAGUGAAAACUCUCCAAGAAAGUUAUAAUUUAUUCUUUAGUGAAUCUCUGAAACAACUACAACAAUCACAAACCUUAGGAGAUAUAAAGGUAGAGGAGAAGAUGGUGGAGGAGCGUCAGCAGGAGUACAGAGAGAAACUCCAGGGCAUCUGUGACCUCCUCACCCAAACCGAGAACCGCCUCAUUGGUCACCAGGAAGCCUUCAUGAUUGGAGACGGCACGGCUGAGUUAAAGAAGUACCAGUCCAAGCAGGAGGAAUUACAGAAAGAUAUGCAAGGAAGUGCACAGGCAUUGGCAGAAAUAGUGAAAAACACAGAGAACUUCUUAAAAGAGAGUGGUGAAAAACUGUCACAAGAAGAUAAGGCUCUGAUUGAACAGAAACUUAAUGAAGCUAAGAUAAAGUGUGAACAGCUUAAUUUAAAGGCAGAACAGUCGAAAAAAGAGCUGGAUAAAGUUGUGACGACAGCAAUCAAGGAAGAAACGGAAAAGGUUGCAGCUGUAAAGCAGCUGGAAGAGAGCAAAACCAAAAUCGAAAACCUUUUGGACUGGUUGGCGAAUGUUGACAGAGACUCAGGAAGGGCAGGGAUGGAACAGAAACAGGUCAUUGAACAGAACGGGACUCAUUUUCAAGAGGAUGAUGGCAAGUCGGUGAUGGGAGAAGAGGAUGAAGUUAAUGGUAACCUGUUGGAUAUGGAUGUUGACGGGCACGUAGCGACCACCAAGGAGAACCUGAACCAGCAGUACCAGAAGAUGAAGGCCCGGCAUGCGGAGCUUGCGGCCCAGCACCAGGCUGUCCUUGUGGCCACCCAGGCGGCCCAGGCCUUGCUGGAGAAGCAGGGCCACCACCUCUGCCCGGAAGAAAAGGAGAAGCUGCAGAGGAACGUCAAGGAGCUGAAGGCGCAUUAUGAUAGCGCGCUGGCCGAGUCAGAGAAGAGGAUGCGGCUGACCCACUCCCUGCAAGAGGAGCUGGAGAAGUUCGACGCCGACUACGGCGAGUUUGAGCUGUGGCUGCAACAGUCAGAACAAGAGCUGGAGAACCUGGAAGCAGGUGCCGACGACCUCGGUGGUCUGACGGCCAAACUGAAGAGGCAGAAGAGCUUCUCGGAAGAUGUCAUUUCGCACAAAGGAGACUUGAGGUACAUCACGAUCUCUGGGAACAGAGUGUUGGAAGCAGCCAAGUCUUGCAGCAGGAGAGAGGGAGGCGGCCGGGCUGAGCAGGGCCACCUGGACACCUCUGCCACCCACAGGGAAGUCCAGGGCAGGCUGGACCACGCCACUGACCGCUUCAGGUCCCUCUACACGAAGUGCAAUGUCCUUGGGAAUAACCUCAAAGAUCUGGUGGAUAAAUACCAACACUAUGAAGAUGCUUCGUGUGGGCUUCUCUCUGGGCUCCAGGCUUGCGAGGCCACGGCGAGCAGACACUUAUCUGAACCCGUUGCCGUGGACCCUAAAAAUCUGCAGAGGCAACUAGAAGAGAUGAAGGCUCUACAGGGACAGAUAUCAAGUCAGCAGGUGGCUGUAGAGAAACUGAAAAAAACCGCUGAAGUGUUGUUAGACGCCAGGGGAUCUUUACUUCCCGCCAAGAACGACAUCCAGAAAACACUGGGUGACAUUGUCGGGAGAUAUGAUGACCUUUCUAGGUCUGUCAGUGAACGAAACGAGAAGCUGCAGAUAACCCUGACCCGCUCUCUGAGUGUGCAGGAUGGCCUGGAUGAGAUGCUGGACUGGAUGGCGGGUGUGGAGCGCUCACUGGAAGAGCAGCGCCCCGUGCCCUUGAACUCCGCCGCUCUGCAGGACGUCAUCAGUAAAAACAUCUUGCUGGACCAGGACAUUGCGGGGCGGCAGAGCAGCAUAAAUGCCAUGAAUGAGAAAGUGAAGAGGUUCACAGAGACCACGGACCCGUCCACCGCAUCCUCGCUGCAGGCCAGGAUGAAGGACUUAGCCCUUCGCUUUUCAGAAGCAAGUCGCAAACACAAAGAAAAACUUGCCCAAAUGGAGGAACUCAAGACCAAAGUGGAGCUGUUUGAGAACCUCUCAGAAAAGCUUCAGACAUUCUUAGAAACCAAAACCCAGGCUCUUACUGAGGCAGACGUGCCUGAGAAGGAUGUUACUGAGUUGUCUCAGUUUAUGCAGGAAUCAACUUCUGAACUGCUAGAACACAGGAAAGAUCUCGAAGUUUUGCAGAAUCUCUUGAAGGAGAUCUCCAGCCAUGGCUUGCCAGGGGAUAAAGCUCUGGUUUUUGAAAAAACAAAUAAUUUGUCAAAGAAAUUCAAGGAAAUGGAGGAUACUGUCAAAGAAAAAAAAGAAGCUGUAUCUUCUUGUCAAGAACAGAUGGAUGCCUUUCAAGUUCUGGUUAAAUCAUUAAAGUCGUGGAUAAAAGAAACCACAGAAAGAGUUCCCAUUGUGCAGCCUUCUUCUGGUGCAGAGGAUUUAGGGAAAUCUUUGGAAGAAACUAAGAAAUUACAAGAGAAGUGGAGCUUAAAAACACCAGAGAUUCAGAAAGUCAACAACAGUGGGAUCUCACUAUGUAACCUAAUAAGCGCUGUGAUGACCCCUGCAAAGGCCAUAGCAGCAGUUAAGUCAGGUGGAGUAAUAUUAAAUGGUGACGGAGCAGCCAUAGAUACUCAGGAUAUUUUGUCAAAUAAAGGAUUAACGUCCAUUAAAAAGGAUAUGACUGACAUAAGCCAUGGCUAUGAAGAUCUUGGCCUCUUACUUAAAGACAAAAUAGCCGAACUGAGUACCAAACUCUCCAGAUUGCAAAAGGCUCAGGAAGAAUCAAGUGCCAUGAUGCAGUGGUUACAGACAAUGAACAAAACUGCCACAAAAUGGCAUCAGGCACCUACACCUACGGACACUGAGGCUGUGAAGAGUCAAGUUGAACAGAACAAGUCAUUUGAGGCAGAACUGAAGCAAAAUGUAAACAAAGUGCAGGAGUUGAAAGACAAGCUGACGGAGCUGCUGGAGGAGAACCCAGACACUCCGGAGGCCCCCAAGUGGAAGCAGAUGUUGACAGAAAUAGAUUCUAGGUGGCAAGAGCUCAAUCAGUUAACGGUUGAUAGACGACAAAAACUGGAAGAAUCCUCAAAUAAUCUAACCCAAUUCCAGACUGUGGAGGCUCAGUUAAAACAGUGGCUUGUGGAAAAAGAACUGAUGGUCAGUGUCCUUGGGCCCUUGUCGAUUGACCCAAAUAUGCUGAACACACAAAGGCAGCAGGUGCAGAUUCUCCUGCAAGAAUUUGAUACCCGGAAACCUCAGUAUGAACAGCUAACAGUCGCUGGUCAGGGCAUACUGCACAGACCUGGGGAGCAUCCAUCCUUCCACGGGAUUGUGAAGGAACAGCUAGCAGCUGUGACCCAAAAAUGGGACAGCCUCACGGGACAAUUGAGGGACAGACGUGACCGGAUCGACCAUGCCAUUGUUAAAAGCACCCAGUAUCAAAGCCUGCUGAGAAGCCUUUCCGAUAAGCUGGCCGACUUGGAUAAUAAACUCAGCAGCAGUGUGGCUGGGAGCGCACACCCUGACGCGAUGAACCAGCAGCUGGAAACAGCCCAGAAAAUGAAGCAGGAAAUAGAGCAGGAAACGAAGCAGAUCAAAGUGGCCCAGGCUCUGGGAGAGGAUCUGGCAGCCCUGGUUAAAGAAGAGUACUUGAAAGCUGAACUUAGUCGGCAACUGGAAGGCAUCUUAAAAUCAUUUAAGGAUCUUGAACUAAAAGCAGAGAACCAUGUCCAGCAUCUUCAGUCAGCCUGUGCCAGCUCUCAUCAAUUUCAGCAAAUGUCUAGAGAUUUCCAGGCUUGGCUGGAUACCAAGAAGGAAGAACAGAACAAAUCUCCCCCGAUAUCAGCCAAAGUCGAGGUCUUGGAGUCAUUAAUGAAAGAUCAGAAAGACUUCAGGAAAACUUUGACCGCCCAGUCUCACAUUUAUGAGAAAACCAUGGCGGAAGGUGAAAACCUGUUACUAAAAACACAAGGGUCUGAGAAGGUAGCGUUACAGUUACAGCUGAACACGAUUAAAACCAACUGGGAUGGAUUUCAGAAGCAGGUGAAAGAAAGAGAAGACAGGGUGAAAGAUUCACUGGAAAAAGCUCUCAAGUAUAAAGAACAUGUGGAGAUGCUCCGGCCAUGGAUAGACAGGUGUCAAAACAGCCUCAAGGAAAUAAAGUGUAGCUUGGAUCCUGCUGAGACAGAGAAAUCUCUUGCCCAGUUAAAGUCUCUGCAGAAGGAGAGGGACCAGCACUUCGGGAUGGUGGAACAGCUAAACAGUGCAGCCAGCAGCCUGCUCCGUGUCUGUGAAGUGGACAAAGAGGCGGUGGCAGAGGAGAAGGAAACCCUGCUCCAGAAGGUGGACAUGGCCACCGAGCAAGUGCACAGGAAGAAAUUCUUUCUGGAGAACAUGUCCCAGAAGUUUAAAGAAUUUCAAGAAGUUUCCAAAGAAGCACAGAGGCAGCUUCAGUGUGCAAAGGAACAGCUAGAUAUGCACAACUCUCUGGGGCCCCAGGCUCACAGCAGUAAGUCCCUGACUGUGUUGCAGACUCAGCAGAAAGCCCUUCAGACCUUGAAGCCUCAGGUCGAUCUGGCCCAGGGGCUCGCCCAGGACCUUGUGGCGGGGGCCUCCGACUCCAAGGGCACCUCCGAGGUUCUCUUCCAAGCAGAAGCCUUAGCCCAGGAGCACAGCACCCUCAGCCAGCAGGUGGAUGAAAAGUGUUCCUUCUUAGAAACCAAGCUUCAGGGCAUCGGCCAUUUCCAGAACACCAUCCGAGAGAUGUUUUCUCAGUUUGCGGAGUUUGAUGAUGAGUUGGACAGCAUGGCCCCAGUGGGGAGAGAUGUGGAAACGCUGCAGAAGCAAAGGGAGGCUAUUAAAGCCUUCUUGGAGAAACUGGAAGCGCUCAUUGCAAGCAACACCAAUGCUAAUAAGACCUGCAAGAUGAUGCUGGCCACGGAGGAAGCCUCUCCUGACCUGGUCGGCAUCAAACGGGACCUGGAGGCUUUAAGCAAACAGUGCAACAAGCUUCGGGACCGUGCACAAGCCAGAGAAGAGCAGGUGGAAGGGACCAUCAUGCGCCUUGAAGAAUUCUACAGCAAACUCAAGGAAUUUUCUACUCUACUCCAGAAGGCUGAAGAGCACGAGGAGUCUCAAGGCCCUGUUGGCAUGGAAACAGAGUUGAUUAACCAACAGCUUGAUGUGUUCAAGGUGUUCCAAAAAGAAGAGAUUGAACCCUUGCAGGUUAAACAGCAGGAUGUGAACUGGCUGGGUCAAGGCCUCAUUCAGAGCGCCGCUAAGGGCACCAGCACCCAGGCCUUGGAGCGGGACCUGGACAAUGCCAGUGCGCGAUGGAAGACCCUCAACAAGAAGGUGGCCCAGCGAGCAGCCCAGCUGCAGGAGGCCCUGCUGCACUGCGGGAGGUUCCAGGAUGCCCUGGAGUCCCUACUCAGCUGGAUGGUGGACACCGAGGAGCUUGUGGCCAAUCAGAAGCCCCCAUCGGCUGAGUUCAAGGUGGUGAAGGCCCAGAUACAAGAGCAGAAGCUUCUCCAGAGAUUGUUGGAUGACCGCAAAUCUACUGUGGAGGUGAUCAAACGGGAAGGAGAAAAAAUUGCCGCCACAGCAGAACCUGCAGAUAAAGUGAAGAUUUUGAAACAACUGAGUCUCUUGGAUAGCAGAUGGGCAGCCUUGCUUAAUAAGGCUGAAACAAGGAAUCGUCAGUUGGAAGGUAUCUCAGUGGUAGCACAGCAGUUUCACGAAACCUUAGAACCACUGAACGAGUGGCUGACAACCACAGAAAAGAGGCUGGCGAAUAGCGAACCCAUUGGAACCCAAGCGUCCAAGCUGGAGGAACAAAUUGCCCAGCACAAAGCCUUAGAAGAUGACAUCAACCAUCAUAAUAAACAUUUACACCAGGCCAUUAGCAUUGGCCAGUCCUUAAAGGUUUUGAGCUCCAGGGAGGAUAAAGAUAUGGUGCAGAGUAAAUUAGACUCCUCUCAAGUGUGGUACAUUGAGAUUCAAGAGAAAAGCCACGGCAGGUCUGAGCUUCUCCAGCAGGCUCUGUGUAAUGCUAAGAUUUUUGGGGAAGAUGAAGUGGAGCUGAUGAACUGGCUGAGUGAAGUGCAUGACAAGCUGAGGAGGCUCUCGGUCCAGGAUUCCAGCCCUGAGGGGCUGUGGACACAGCAGGCUGAGCUGCGGGUUCUGCAAGAGGACAUCCUACUCAGAAAACAAAAUGUAGAUCAGGCCUUACUAAAUGGUUUAGAACUACUUAAACGAACAACAGGUGAUGACGUUUUAAUAAUUCAAGAUAAAUUGGAAGCCAUUAAAGCGAGGUACCAAGACAUCACUAAACUGAGCACGGACGUCGCCAAGACCCUGGAUCAGGCACUGCAGCUCGCCAGGCGACUGCACUCUACGCACGAGGGGCUGUGCGCCUGGCUGGACAAGGUGGAGGUCGAGUUGCUUUCAUACGAAACGCAGGUUCUGAAGGGAGAAGCCUCAAGCCAAGCACACGCGAGGCAAAAAGAGCUAAAGAAGGAAGCUAAGAGCAGCAAAGCCCUGCUGGACUCCCUUAACGAAGUGAGCUCUGCUCUCCUGGAGCUGGUGCCCUGGAGGGCGAGGGAAGGGCUGGAAAAAAUGGUGGCCGAGGACAACGACCGCUACCGCUUGGUGACCAACACCAUCACACAGAAGGUGGAGGAGAUUGACGCGGCCAUCCUGAGGUCCCAGCAGUUUGACCAAGCGGCUGAUGCAGAGUUAGCCUGGAUUAGUGAAACAGACAAAAAAUUGACAUCUCUGGGUGACAUCAGGCUUGAGCAAGACCAGACCUCCGCUCAGCUGCAGGUUCAAAAGACAUUCACCAUGGAGAUUUUGCGACACAAGGAUAUUAUUGAUGAGCUUGUUAAAUCUGGACAUAAAAUCAUGAGCACAUGCAGCGAAGAGGAAAAGCAGCCGAUGAAGAAAAAACUGGACAAGGUAUUGAAGAACUAUGAUGCCAUCUGCCAGAUAAACUCAGAGAGGUAUCUGCAGUUAGAACGGGCACAGUCCCUGGUUAACCAGUUCUGGGAAACAUAUGAAGAACUUUGGCCGUGGCUGACAGACGUACAGAGGAUCAUCACUCAGCUUCCUGCCCCUGCCCUGGAGUAUGAAACCCUGAGGCAACAGCAGGAAGAACAUCGUCAACUGCGAGAGUUGAUAGCCGAACACAAGCCGCAUAUAGAUAAGAUGAACAAAACUGGACCGCAGUUACUGGAAUUGAGCCCGAGGGAAGGCUUUUCUAUCCAAGAGAAGUACGUGGCUGCUGACACUCUCUACAGUCAAAUUAAAGAAGAUGUCAAAAAGCGGGCUGUGGCACUGGAUGAAGCCAUUUCUCAGUCUGCUCAGUUCCACGACAAGAUCGACCAGAUCCUGGAGAGCCUGGAGCGUGUGGUGGAGCGUCUGCGGCAGCCGCCUUCCAUCUCAGCAGAGGUGGAGAAGAUCAAGGAGCAGGUCAGUGAGAAUAAGAACGUGGCGGUGGACAUGGAGAAGCUGCAGCCUCUGUACGAGACCCUCAGGCAGAGGGGAGAGGAGAUGAUCGCUCGGUCCCAGGGCACUGACAAAGACAUAUCUGCCAAAGCUGUUCAGGAUAAGCUAGACCAAAUGGUUUUCAUUUGGGAGAACAUACACACACUGGUGGAAGAAAGGGAAGCCAAGCUACUGGAUGUGAUGGAAUUAGCAGAGAAGUUCUGGUGUGAUCACAUGUCACUGGUGGUCACCACUAAAGAUACUCAAGACUUCAUCAGGGAUCUGGAGGAUCCUGGGAUCGAUCCCUCGGUAGUAAAACAACAGCAGGAAGCAGCAGAGGUCAUAAGGGAGGAGAUAGACGGACUGCAGGAAGAGCUGGAUAUGGUUAUUAACCUGGGUUCUGAACUCAUUGCCGCUUGCGGGGAACCCGACAAGCCCAUUGUUAAGAAGAGUAUAGAUGAGUUAAAUUCAGCCUGGGAUUCUCUAAAUAAAGCUUGGAAAGACCGGGUGGACAGACUUGAGGAGGCAAUGCAGGCUGCUGUUCAGUACCAGGAUGGACUGCAGGCAAUAUUCGACUGGGUAGAUAUUGCAGGUGGCAAAUUGGCUUCAUUGUCUCCAAUUGGAACAGAUCUUGAAACUGUCAAGCAGCAGAUUGAGGAGCUGAAGCAAUUUAAGUCAGAGGCGUAUCAACAACAGAUAGAAAUGGAGAGACUGAACCAUCAGGCAGAGCUCCUGCUAAAGAAAGUAACAGAAGAAAGUGAUAAACACACUGUUCAGGACCCACUGAUGGAGCUGAAAUUGAUAUGGGACAGUCUGGAUGAGAGGAUCAUCAAUAGACAGCACAAGCUGGAGGGCGCUCUUUUAGCACUGGGGCAGUUCCAGCACGCACUGGACGAGUUGCUGGCGUGGCUCACGCACACCGAGGGCUUGCUCAGCGAACAGAAGCCUGUCGGAGGAGACCCCAAGGCCAUUGAAAUUGAACUCGCCAAGCAUCAUGUGCUCCAAAAUGAUGUAUUAGCCCAUCAGUCCACCGUGGAAGCCGUGAAUAGAGCAGGAAAUGAUCUAAUCGAAUCAAGUGCCGGAGAAGAAGUCAGCAACCUUCAGAACAAGCUAGAGGUUUUGAAUCAACGCUGGCAAAAUGUUUUGGAAAAAACAGAACAAAGGAAGCAGCAGCUGGAUGGUGCCUUGCGCCAGGCUAAAGGGUUCCAUGGCGAAAUCGAGGAUUUGCAACAGUGGCUGAACGACACAGAGCGCCAUCUGUUAGCAUCCAAGCCUCUGGGAGGUUUACCGGAAACAGCCAGGGAACAGCUUAAUGCCCACAUGGAAAUCUGUGCUGCCUUUGAUGUUAAAGAAGAAACAUAUAAGAGUCUGAUGCAGAAAGGCCAGCAGAUGCUUGCAAGAUGCCCCAAAUCUGCAGAGACAAAUAUUGACCAAGACAUAAAUAACUUGAAAGAAAAAUGGGAAUCGGUGGAAACCAAGCUCAAUGAAAGGAAAGUUAAACUGGAAGAGGCCCUCACCUUGGCAAUGGAAUUCCACAGUUCCCUCCAGGACUUCAUCAACUGGCUCACCCAGGCAGAGCAGACCCUAAACGUGGCUUCCAGGCCAAGCCUUAUCUUGGACACUGUCUUGUUUCAAAUUGAUGAACACAAGGUCUUUGCCAAUGAAGUAAAUUCUCACCGGGAGCAGAUCAUAGAGCUGGACAAAACUGGAACCCACCUGAAGUAUUUCAGUCAGAAACAAGAUGUCGUUCUCAUUAAGAAUCUGCUUAUCAGUGUACAGAGCCGCUGGGAGAAAGUGGUCCAGCGCUUAGUAGAAAGAGGAAGAUCUUUGGACGAUGCAAGGAAGAGGGCCAAGCAGUUCCAUGAAGCUUGGAGUAAGCUUAUGGAGUGGCUGGAAGAGUCAGAGAAGUCUUUGGAUUCUGAACUGGAAAUUGCCAACGACCCAGACAAAAUCAAAGCACAACUGGCACAGCAUAAGGAGUUUCAGAAAUCCCUCGGAGCCAAGCAUUCUGUCUACGACACCACCAACAGAACUGGGCGUUCUCUGAAGGAGAAGACCUCCCUGGCUGACGACAACCUGAAGCUGGACGACAUGCUGAGUGAGCUCAGAGACAAGUGGGACACGAUCUGUGGGAAGUCGGUGGAGAGACAAAACAAAUUGGAGGAAGCCCUCUUAUUUUCUGGGCAAUUCACAGACGCCCUGCAGGCCCUCAUUGACUGGCUGUACAGGGUUGAGCCCCAGCUGGCUGAGGACCAGCCUGUCCAUGGAGACAUCGAUCUAGUGAUGAAUCUGAUCGAUAAUCACAAGGUCUUCCAGAAGGAGCUGGGGAAGAGGACCAGCAGCGUGCAGGCCCUGAAGCGCUCGGCCCGGGAGCUCAUAGAGGGCAGCCAGGAUGACUCCUCCUGGGUCAGGGUCCAGAUGCAGGAGCUGAGCACACGCUGGGAGACGGUGUGUGCACUCUCCAUAUCCAAGCAGACCCGCCUAGAAGCAGCUCUGCGCCAGGCAGAGGAGUUUCACUCGGUGGUCCACGCCCUCCUGGAGUGGCUGGCGGAAGCAGAGCAGACCCUUCGUUUCCAUGGCGUUCUCCCAGAUGAUGAGGAUGCUCUUCGGACUCUCAUUGAUCAGCAUAAAGAAUUCAUGAAGAGACUGGAAGAAAAGCGCGCUGCCCUCAACAAAGCCACCAGCAUGGGAGACUCCAUCCUGGCCAUCUGCCACCCAGACUCCAUCACCACCGUCAAGCACUGGAUUACCAUCAUCCGGGCCAGAUUCGAGGAGGUACUGGCCUGGGCAAAGCAGCACCAGCAGAGACUAGCCAGUGCCCUGGCAGGACUCAUCGCCAAGCAGGAGUUGCUGGAAGCCCUGCUGGCCUGGUUGCAGUGGGCUGAAACCACCCUGAGCGACAGGGAUAAAGAGGUCAUCCCGCAGGAGAUUGAAGAGGUGAAAGCCCUCAUUGCAGAACACCAGACCUUCAUGGAGGAAAUGACCAGAAAACAACCUGACGUGGACAAAGUCACCAAGACCUACAAGAGGAGAGUGGCGGACCCCUCCUUACAUUCCCACAUUCCAGUCUUGGAUAAGGGGCGAGCAGGAAGAAAACGCUUCCCAGCAUCAAGCUUCUAUCCCUCUGGAUCACAGACACAAAUCGAAACCAAGAAUCCCAGGGUCAACUUACUGGUGAGCAAGUGGCAGCAAGUCUGGCUGCUCGCCUUGGAAAGGAGGAGGAAGCUUAAUGACGCCCUGGACAGACUGGAGGAGCUAAGGGAAUUUGCCAACUUUGAUUUCGAUGUCUGGCGCAAAAAGUACAUGCGAUGGAUGAAUCACAAGAAAUCUCGAGUGAUGGACUUCUUCAGGAGGAUCGAUAAAGACCAGGAUGGGAAAAUAACCCGACAAGAAUUUAUUGACGGGAUUCUUUCCUCAAAGUUCCCUACCAGUCGUCUGGAGAUGAGUGCAGUUGCAGACAUCUUUGACAGAGACGGUGAUGGAUACAUCGACUACUAUGAAUUUGUAGCCGCCCUUCACCCAAAUAAAGAUGCAUACAAACCUAUCACUGAUGCUGACAAAAUUGAAGAUGAGGUGACGAGGCAGGUAGCUAAGUGCAAAUGUGCGAAACGAUUCCAAGUUGAACAGAUUGGAGAUAACAAAUACAGGUUCUUCCUGGGAAAUCAGUUUGGAGACUCCCAGCAACUCCGGCUUGUCCGAAUCCUGCGAAGUACCGUGAUGGUUCGUGUUGGAGGUGGAUGGAUGGCCCUGGAUGAGUUCUUAGUGAAAAAUGAUCCUUGCAGGGCUAAAGGAAGGACGAACAUGGAGCUAAGGGAGAAGUUCAUCUUGGCGGAUGGAGCCAGUCAGGGAAUGGCUGCUUUCCGGCCCCGGGGCCGGAGAUCGAGGCCCUCAUCCCGGGGAGCCUCGCCCAACCGGUCCACAUCCGUGUCCAGCCAGGCUGGCCAGGCGGCCUCUCCGCAGGUCCCUGCCACCAGCACACCCAAGAUUCUCCAUCCUUUAACACGCAAUUAUGGUAAACCCUGGUUGACAAACAGCAAGGUGUCAACUCCUUGUAAACCAGCUGAGUGCUCAGACUUCCCCAUGUCAUCUCCAGAGGGAACGCCAAUACAAGGAAGCAAGCUUCGACUUCCGGGAUAUUUAUCAGGGAAAGGCUUCCACUCCGGGGAAGACAGUGGCUUGAUCACAACCGCAGCUUCCCGAGUGCGGACACAGUUUGCUGAUCCCAAGAAGACCCACAGCCGACCAGGAAGCCGAGCUGGCAGCAAAGCUGGUAGUCGGGCCAGCAGCCGCCGAGGCAGCGAUGCAUCAGACUUUGACAUCUCGGAAAUCCAGUCCGUGUGCUCCGACGUGGAGACUGUCCCCCAGACACACAGGCCUACACCCCGAGCAGAUUCUCGGCCGUCCGCAGCCAAGCCUUCCAAAAUCCCCACACCCCAGAGGAAAUCACCUGCCAGCAAAUUGGACAAGUCCUCCAAGAGAUAGUGCAGUUGGUUCUACCACUGUCCUUCCUAAAGCCUUUACUAUUUAAGUCUGAAAGAUGUAACAUAUGAUGUAGAGACUAUUGUGAAAUAAUGCAAGAGGUGAGUUUAAAGUUCUGCAGAUGGCCUUAUUUGUGUAUUUGUCUUUUUCUUUUAUCUGUAUAAUUUGGGUCAGAUAGUCUGGGGUUUUAGUCACAUCCUCCGUGAGGGGGGAGAGAGUUUGACUGAUAGGCACUAACGUUUCCGCACUGAGCGUGUGGAGCACACCUGAGACCACUAUACCUGCAGGUAAGUCCACGACUUCCCGACAGCCAGCCCUCCACUGGGAGCUAACAUGAAGGAUACCUCAGGACACCUUCUUGCUUCUCUGGAAACUCUGAAAAGCCAAAAGACACCCACAGCGAUCUAUUCCGAGACGAUCUAAGUGUAAACUGCAAGAUGGGGGGCAAAAAGACAAACACACCCGCCGCAGUUCUUAACCUUGUACCUGACGGAGAACUCACAGAAAGUUCCUUUCUGCACCUGCCCAUGCUCUGAGAUUCCCAGACUCUUGCGCAUUUCUGUGCCAUGGCUUCACCUGAGGCCAGAGGCGUCCUGGACGUGAGCCCUCUCUCUUAUCCUGUAAGAAUAUCAUCAUAAAGUGCAUUCAUGUAAAUGUGAGGUUUUCUUUUGCUUGAGUGGACAGUAGCACCUGUACCAUUGAACUCAUUUUGUAUCAAAGCAAGUUUGCUUGCAGAAAAGCUAUGAAAUAAAACAUGUCCCUUAACU